AGGGGUUAAAAAGGUAAAGUCAUUGAUGUUUCUAGAGUUUGGCUUUCACGCUCACCAGACACGGUUAAACAUUGGUUUUCUUCUUGAGCGCUUACGUUGGUCGGCAAGUGUCUUAAACCAAGAACGAAAUGUUUGGAACAAUCGGCGGUGUGGCUUUAAUAAAGUUGGUGUUGCUGUCCUGUCUCUUCUGUUGCAUCCGAAGCGCCAGCAAAGUAGCCUCAGCUAAGGUAGGGUUAAAAAAGAAAGAUUUAUUCCAUUAAGAUGUCCUUUAGACAAUGUUAAUUUCCUCUUGGAGACUUUCGAUAACCGUCACUUACGAUAGCUUUGAUUUCAGGUCAUUAACGUGUUCCUUCGUAGUUAUCACAAUAUUCUCCACCAGUUACAACUGAAGGUUGCUGGACCCCUUGCUGACAUACUUAGUAGAAAAAAUUUUGAUACGAUAGGAGCGCAACCACUUACACAUACUUGGAAGAUCUCCACAGAGUUUAACCAUCAUCAUCAUCAUCAUCAUCAUUAUUAUUAGUAGUAGUAGUAGUAUUACUAUUUAUCAUGUACAUUUUGAAACUAGUUUAACCAACGAUACAGGUUUGAACAGGCAUGUUUGCUUAACCCAGGGAUAAAAGAGAAGCCUCCGUUUAUAAAUUUAUAAUAAAAGCAAUCAACUUUAAUAUAACUCUCAGCCACUCAAAAGAAAUCUCAUAAUCCCUACGUUGGCUUAGGAACCUUUUGAGGAAGGGGCUGGGUGAUUAAGGAAAAACUCCCAUCAAGGUAAAAGUGUAUGUCAAAGAAAUCAAUAUGCAUUACGUCCGAUCACAGUAGUUAAAGCCUGGAAAAUAAUUUUUCCCCUCUGCGAAGUUAUAGGUCAGUCCGUGAAUGUAAUGUUACCUUCGGUAGCAGCCAAUUUACAGGUAACGAUUUCUAAGGUCAAUAUUUCUGUCUAAAGGAAAGACCUGAAAGGAAGAUCGGCCCGACUUUUGUGUUCGCCGUAAACCUAUUAUAUUUAGCUUAUGUCUUCUUAUUGGACCCAGGUGAACAGUUCCUUGUAAUUAUACACUCCAACAUCUGAUAGAAGAUUUUGCUACAAGGUGCUGUUUGUUUUUUGGGGGAACAGACCUAGGACAGCAAGUAACGUAUUUAACCUUUUUCACUUCUAAUAACUUUAAUUCUUUAAUCAUAAACGGUGCAGGACGUGUGCAGGGGCUGUGUAGUGCACUCACUGAGAAACGUAAACUUAAAGGUUGCGACAACUUUUUUCAAAAGUUAAAGGCAAACUAGGGCUCCCAAAGGGACGAGUCUGUCGGCAGAAGAAACGAGAACUCUAUCAUUAGACGAGCUUUUAUGGCCAAGAUAGAGAAACUGUAAACAGACGCAUCAAACUUCUUUCAAGCGUCAUUCAGGGUACCAAAUAUGGGGGAAAUAAGUAGCAGACUGAAAAAUUCUUGACUGGCAAUGCAAGAAAUGAUUGAAAACACGAAUACCAAAUCAAUAGAACAUGUACGACAACAACACUUCAGUUUUAUUCAAGAAAGGCGACUAGUGUGCUUAAACUGUUUCUAAAAGUUCCUUCAUAACGUUUUUCUUGUGUUUGCGUUCUUUUCAGCCGGCUUCGUUCGUUCGAAAUGGCGAAUACUAGAUAAACGUACCUCGAAGCAAGACUUUCGCUUAAAGCUCUCUUUUCACAGCUGAGACGACAAUUGAGUAUUCACUAGGUUUUUUCCUUUCAUUAGCAGACAGAAAAAAUGUUUAAUAAGCUUACCCAUGUGUAUUUUUAACCUGAUAACAGGAGGCCAUUCAUCGCGCGUCUUAAAUCUUGAAAACGUGCAUCAUAUUAGGUAACAGGAAAUAAUUACGCCCGAGAUUAUAAACAAAGACAAAAAAAGACAAACAAUCGAGCCCACCUGGAAGACAGUAAAUGAGGUCAGAAGAGCACUUUGUUGUAAAAGCCUGGGCCUGCAUGAAUUUUCAAAAACGCAGCCGUCUAUGAAUUCCGUUCGCGCGAUGCUUUCCUCAACCAUAAAUAAAUAAACGAACCAUCAAAUUAAAAUCAACUUUGAACAGCAAAAGAAACUUAAUAGAAGCUUUAUCUCAUGUUGUGAAAGCAUUUACGCAACGUUUCACGUUUUUCUGUCGAGACGCAAGGAAUAAUACAAUUACAGGAAAUUACGCGAUUUUUAUUGAAUAGUCGUUAAUAAUUUUAGAUUAGGUAACCGUGCAAUAAUUUUUUUCUCACGACCUUAUGUUUCGACUGUCGCUUAGCAACUGGGCUGUUUUGCUUUCGUUUGGUCUUACGAAAUUAUUUAUUUCACAGAAUCCCAGUUUGUGUGCGCAAGGAUUGCCUGGACUUCCCGGACGAAAUGGCGUAAAUGGGCAUAAUGGGUUACCAGGCCGCAACGGUCGAGAUGGUGCCAAAGGUGAGAAAGGCAAGGCAGGUCCCCGUGGACCACGUGGUUUCAAAGGAGAAGCGGGACGAGUUAGAACGGUCGCUGCUGAACAAAGAAACUGGAAGCAGUGCGCGUGGAAAAACGGUGACGGCAAAGCUAUUGGCCUUAUUAAGGUUAGUGCAUGGGAAGCAAUUUAUACAAAUUUCAUUGGUAGAGUCGGUGUUACUGGGCGUAAUUAUUAAUAGCUAUAGAAGCGCUUCUCAAAUUUUCCAGUCCUUAGUUUCCUUUCAUCGGUUAUUCUUGUCUUUAACUCGAUCAAAUAGUCUUUUUAAAUAAAACUUUCUUUAGUUAGUUCACAUGUUGUGUUUGACUGUUUUUCAACUAACCUUAACGCGAAAGUAGUGGGAAAUUCAAAGUUUACCCUUCGUAACUUCGAACUCUACAUCUAUUAUUAUUGGAAUUUCGGUUGUUCAUUCAAUCACUAGUUGUGGGCAUCAGAUACGUAAAAUGAACUUAUCUGAUAGAAAAUCCCUUUUUCAAGCCAUGAACUUUUCCGAAAGCGAAGCGCACAGCUGACCGUGAGUUGUCCUAGGUAGUCUAGGUAGCGUGAGAAAAAAGUUGAUCCUUUUGCCGAGACUUGCUGGGAGUACGAAAAACGGCGAACAGGCAAAACUGGGGCCAAAGAAAAAAAAGAGAAAGCCCGCCUGAUCGCAGGUUACAUCUCAGGUUGACUCAACUUGCCUUCUCAACCGGCCGCCUCCCUCACUCUCCCCCACCCUCUCCCCCACUAGGCAAGAUCGCGACCGUCAUAUAAACUGCAGUCGGCUGAAUUUUUCAAGGAGGAAGUGAAUCAAUCCGAGAGUCAAUCUGAGGUAGGGGUGUCUUAGGUAUCACGGAUAGACCAUAUAAAUGUGGCCUUAGGCAACCGCAGUGCUCAUCGUAGGGCAGACGAAUCAAGGAAUUCUACUGCCUCUCACUUUCAGUGUAAUUUUUUGGCCGGUUAUAAGUGUGACAAAAUAAAUAUACACAUCUUUCUUUGCCUUAUAUCGGUGGCUCUAAGACCGUAAUUACCGCUCUGAACAUAGUCAUAAAAUUUCAACAGAACGUUCAUUACGACUUGAAUAAUAACGUGGUUCACGGUGCUCUGUCUGGCACUGAUCGCUAACAAUAUAAUGCUACGUUUUCAGGAUUGCCAGUUUACUAAAAUUAAAGACAAUACAACUCUUCGUGUUGUAUUCCAAGGAAAUAUCUAUCUGGGAGGUUGCGGGAGCUGCUGCAAGCGAUGGUUUAUCACUUUCAACGGCGCCGAGUGUAGCGGACCUCUGCCUAUUGACGCGGCCCUGUGGAUCAGAAAUAGAAACACAGAUGACUUCAGACAUGGAGCAAUAGAGGGCUACUGUGACAACAUCAGAAAAGGGAAUAUCCGCGUUGGCAUCAACAUUGGAAACUGUCCCGGUUAUGGAAACUCCAAUGGUCACACGGGAUGGAUGUCAGUGUCUCGUUUGAUUAUCGAAGAAGUUCCUCGGUCCCAGCAGUAACGAAUCCAUCGUAUCUCAACAACAUUCUCCAAUAGCUGAGUGCUUGUAGAGUCAUGUUAGGCGUCAAAAAUCGAUAAAAAGAAAUAUUUUAGGCAGAAAUUUAAUCAAACGCAAC